AUGUCUGAGCUGACAGUAGGAGAUGAGAGCGACGGUGAUUUGCCCAUGAGGGAUGAAUCAAAUGGCCCGAUCAUUGCAGAUGGUACGCAUGAAAAGGAAAGUCAGGAGGCUCGGCCUAAAGCGCCAAUAGAUCCUGUCGCGUCGAACCUCAUCAACCCUCUGUCUACUGGACAGUCAGAGUACACAACAGCGCCAAAUGGAAGGCUGUUCUACCUGGGCACAUCAUCUAACUGGUCUUUUACCCGACGAGUCCUCAACAUCACACACCAAUACGUCCACAAGACCCCAUUGCCGACCAACGCUCUUCUCUUUGAUGGCACGACGUACGUCCUCGAUUGGGAUGGCUACAGAGCAAGCGAAGUCCCCGAGAUGCCAGCUCUUCCCACACAAGACUAUGCCAUCUAUCUGGUCAACGCCGUCAAGUUCCACUGUGGCCAAAUGUUCCACCUUUUUGACGAAGAAACGUUUAUGAAGUCCUUGUACAGCUUUUAUUCUGACCCUAAUCCCAGACCCGAUCCUACUGAUCCGUGGUUCAUUCAUUUCUUGCUCAUUCUUUCUUUCGGAAAAGCCUUCACCACCAAGACCAACAGGGGGAACAGACCUCCUGGCCAUGACUUCUUUGUCAAGGCUAUGCAACUGCUCCCAGACUUCAAUGUUUUACUGAAGAACCAUGCACUGUUCAUACAACUAUCCCUUGGAGAGGGGAUGCACACAGACAUGCCUGUGCAGCAACUAGGAGAGGCAUAUGUCGAAAGAUGCCGAAGGUUAUGGUGGACUGUACACAUCCUUGACCGGGAGAUCACAUCGUUGUUUGGCAUGCCGCCUUCAAUACAUGACGACUAUGUGCUCUGUCAACUACCAACCUACUCUGGUUCAGUCCAAAGGACAGCCGCGUUACGAAUGCGGAUCAGACUGUCGAAGGUCAUUGGGAGCAUUAACAGGAAGGUCUACGGUCUCGACGGAAGACUCAACAACAAGUUCAUGCUUGGCACCAAAGAAGUGCUUGCCAGCGUGGCUGAGAUUGCUGAUGAGCUCCAACAAUCGUUUGCGCUGCCUCUGGAAAGGGACACCAGCUGCAUUUCGAGAACAUCCGCCCAUUUGCAUUUAUUGCACCAUCAGUGCAUUGUUCUUGCAACCAGACCGCUGCUUUUCUGUUUUCUGAAAAUUCGUUUUGAAUCACAGAGUAAAUGCACAGAGCUAUUGGGGUCUUCGCAGACGGUCAGAAAUUUGAUUCAGAUGUGUAUCGAUUCUUCUCAACAAAUGGUUUCGAUCCUAGACUGUUUGCAAUCUCAGGGCUUGCUGGAAACAUUUCUUCCAUUCGACUUGGAAGCCAGUUUCGUGUCUGCUAGCAGUCUACUACUAGGACCCGCAAUCGACCCACAAUGCUUUGAGUGCCUCGACCCGUCUCUGGAGAAAGUCUACUCCGUUCUGGACGAGAUGAUCAUGGCCGGGAACGGGAUCGCCAAGUACCGCAAAUCUGAACUACAGCAGCUUGAGAACAUGCUACAGCGACUUACGCCUUGGCCUUCACAGGCCUCUGAGCAGACGACUCUAGUAGACGAGGGGCGCCAAACGCAGCCCCCGGAUGACACGAGUCCCCAAGACACGGUGGUCUCGGCCAUGGCCUCGGAACACUCACAGCACGAGAGCUACUCUUCUUCUAUCCCGGGGAACAUGGAUGAGAUGGCUUAUGAUAGCGGGCUGACUAUGGCGCAAUUACUGGAUAUGGCCAACUCUAUUGAACAGGAAGAUUCAGAGUGGAUGUCUCAGACGAUAGUGGAACAUAGCAUUUGGUAG